AUGUCGCUUCGUCGCUCUGACAGUCCCAACAGUUGGGGCACGGCAUCUGGUGAAAUAAGGUCUUUCUCUCCUGGAGUCAGUGUCGUCAAUCGCGACUCCUUUAGCGAUGCGUUGACGCAGAUCCUGAGCGAGCUUGAAGAGACGCUUUUGCAAGCGCAUGAGCUCAGCAUGGGCUCUGGUCGCAGGCGAUCAAGGGUCGAAGGCAUGGACCAGUCCAGCGAGUCCGCCCUGAAAGAGGGUCCGGCUCCGAAACUUAGCUUCCGUGCUGAUCCGAUCCGCAUUCGUCCAGUGGCCUCAGACGGAGAGAACUUUACGGCACCUCCAAGGAAGCGUAGCAGUGUCUGUCGAAAAUCUACCAGCUCAGCUCGCAACCGCACAAGGCAAAGCUUUGCCAACCCGAAGCUGUCAGCGGUAGACCCAAGGAGCCUUCACAACACUAUUGCCGAGAAGCGCGUCUCGGAGGAGUCUGAAAUGAAGGCAGCAUAG